CUGUCGCUGCGGCUGUAAAUCCCCAGUGGAUUAGGGAUGAACUAGCCAAAAAUUAGCGGGAUUGACAAGACUGGGGAUAUUGCUGCUCUGACCACCAUGACUGACCUCAACUCUUUCAACAGUUGAGUCUAGCAAAGUUUAGUUCAUUCAGACUCCAGACAUAAGUUAGUAAUCCUCAAGAAUCCUGCCGGUAGUCUGCAUCCAAAUGAUCCAACCAGAACCACAUGUUCCCGACAAUAUCAACUGGUUACGCGCCAGAUAAGAUGAGGGUGGUUCCGAGAUUGGCUUUGAGCCCUCCAUUUUUUUUCCAGACCGUCAGCGGUGGAUCUCUCGGAAUAGCACAAGCGCUUAAACAGAUCAAUCACGGGGAUUUAUUAUUAUUACUUUUUGUUCUAGUAAAAGGAAUUUCGAAAAAGAAGGAAAAAGAUCAUGAAGGAUUACCGCAUUACCCCUCUCCUCUUCUCCUUGUGGCCCCCAAAGCACCGCAGAUUGGGUUGAGGCUGAUGUUUUUUUUUUUACAUGUUCUGUUCAAAGCCCUUCUUCUCUCCUCCCACUGCGUUCGAACAUCAAGUCAACAAAAACUGAAAUCACCAUGGGUGACAGGCACGUGAUGUCACAGGAUUGGGGCUAAAAAUGCAAAAGGAUUUGAAAUUAACAUCAGCCCAUAGCACUAAGUCAAAGUAGUAAGAAACUUC